AUGAAUCCUGAAACAGAAGAAGACCUAACAGAGGCAGAGACCAAGGUAGGAAUGCUGGCAACUGGUACAUUCUUUUUCCAGGCCUUAGCAUUGAAAGGUCUCCGACUGUGCACCCAGGAGAUGGGCUGCAGUGUGUCUCGAAAAAUCAAGCCACCACAAAGGGGGCCACCUGCAGGUCCCUCCUACCUUGGAACUUUGGUAGGGGGUCCUCCCGCGCAGGUGCUGAUGAAUUCCGGUGAUGAGGAAGCCACCCGGUUACACCACGAGGAGCCCCACGCAAAUGUGGACUAUCUCACCAAGAAAGAUCUCCUGACUGAAGAUGACAUCUACUGCUGCUCUCUCUCCAAGACUCUGUGCCACACCUCCACCCCCGUCACUGUGGGCUUCUACUCGCCUUGCGGGACCCGACUCCACUCCCUCCUGGAAAACAUCCAAGACUGUAUGCACAGAGAAUCCAGCAGAAGAGAAGAAAAUGAAUACCACAGAACCCACCAGAGGCCACGGCGACCGGAAGGCAUGAGCUACUUCACUCUCCUGUGGUAUCUAGUCUUCUACGAGCCGGUGAUCACAGAGGUCCAUCUCAGAAGGAAAAACAUCGACUUCCUUUUCAUCAGGUUCAGCGCCUGGCAGUACGCAGGGAGCGACAAGCUCUGGGCGGGGCUGGUCACCACCCUUUGCGAUCACAUCCGCCAGCAUUUCGGGCCUCUCCCGCUCAGCUUCUACCAUGUCGUCGGAAGCAGGCCGCGAUUUGCCUCGGGGUUCAGCCAGAAUGAGUGGCGGCUCAAAAAGAAAGUCGCCGUCGCCGCCGGAGGACUCGUGGUCAUGCUGGUAGCAGGGGCGAGCCUGGCCACCGUCGCCAUCGUCGUGCCGGGGAUAAGGGACGGCAGCCUCUUGAAAGUCAUCAGCGCCAUCUUCGCCACCGUUUCCGGCUCCAGCGUCAUCCUGGCCCUCACUCCAGUCGUUAAGCACCUGAUCAUCUCUCAGAAGAAAAAGAUCGAGAGCAUGACCAACAACCAGAAGUUCACCAGCCACCUGGGCUUCAUGAGCGCGGUCAAGAGAGAAAUUGAACUUCUCACCAGCUUUGUGUAUUACAUGGAGAUCUUUGAGCGGCAACGGCUGAGGAUUGUCUUUGAGAUCACCAGCUUGGACAUGUGCUACCCGGAAAGGGUGGUUGGGGUUCUGAACGCCAUCAACACGCUGCUCUCGGACACCAACGCCCCGUUCAUUUUCAUUCUGGUGGUAGACCCCUGCAUCAUUACCUCUUGCUUAGAGCAAGCCGGCAACAUGAAAGGCAUGGCCGACAACGGCUACCUCUACCUCAACCGCACUGUGUCGUUGCCCUUCUCCAUCCCGGAAAUCGGCGUCCGGUCCAAGAUGCGGUUUUUGCACGAGACUUUCCAAAACCGGGAAGACCUGAUGUACCGAAUCAUCACGAGAAACGUGGAGCAGGGAGUCCGGAAGGCCAAAGGGAGGGACCCGUCCCUUUCUGAGAUGGAAGCGUCUGAGGAAAUGGACCAGCACCAGAUCGACGCCCAGGCCGUACAGUACAUCCACGAGGCGUUCCACUCCUUGCACAGCGAACACGACUGCCUUUACAGGUAUGUCCCUGAGAAUAUCAUCCAGAUGAAGAGGAUCGUCAACACUAUUCCCAUCACCCUGCGGCUCAUGACGCAGCAGCACAGCCUCCGCCACGACAUCUGCCCCAGGUCGGUGGCGGGCUGGGUGGUCCUGGCCAACCAGUGGCCGUGCCGCUUGAGCUGGAUCCUGCAGUGCAUGGAAGACAGUCAGCAGUGCCGGAUGCCCAAGGACUUUGACAAGCAGUCGCUGUGGGACGUGUUUGUGGACAACUGCCAGGAGCUCUACUCCAUGCACAAGGACCUCCUGAACAUCAUGGCCCUGGACGGUGACCCGGAACUCUUUGAGCAGUUCUUGUUCCACGACUUCCCAUUCACCGUGCAGGAAGGGGCAAAGUACCUGAAAUAUACAGUCAACCUGGACCAUUCCAUUAGGCACCGGAUGGGGCAGCUGAGGGCGCUCACAAUGCUGGAGAAGAUGCAAAAGAAGAAGGAGGAGAAGAAGAAGAAG